AAACAGCCACAACAGCCACAAAACACACUCAGACACACACACACACACACACACACACACACGCACCCGAACUUCCAAGCACACCCAAGUGCGCGUGCGCCGGGUUUUCACACCCCUCGACUUCGAGCUCUGCCCACCCCUGACGGGUUCUAACCCAGAGGUGGAGCGAGAACCGCGGGGCGCAGACAACGUCGCGCGCUUGCGACGCUCGCUAGCCGAGCCCCUCGAAGUUGUCCAUGCUUUCGCUCCAGGGUUACGGGUCGUUGUCGGGUGCGGCGGCGGCGGGGUCAGAACCGCAAAGGUUCCGAGGUCGUCGCGCCUCGGCGCCGGUCGUGACCGCGACGCCGAUGGUGAUCGACUUCGGGAGAUUGCUGCUGUCGGAGUCGGCGACCAAGACCACGCACAGGCGUCGGAGGACGCAGCAGGGGGAACCUCAGACGCAGUUGGAGCUCCUCCACGCAGCAGUAGCGCUCUACUCCACCUGUCUGCCGGGGCACAACCAGAGUCCUCAGGCCCUGUACAGGACCCUCUGUGCCGAGGGCGCCAGGACAGUGCUCCUCCUCAGGGACGCCUCGGAGAUCAUCCAGGAGUGGGAGAACACCAGUCGCGCUCACCAGCAAACCAGAACCAGCCCGGACUCCUCGGACGAACACGACACGGAGGCGAAACCGGUUCAAGAAAUCAACAACAACCCGGUGGAGGAGCCUCGACGCAAACCCUGGCAAAAGAUCCUGCCCUUGAAACGCGACUACGGCUCCAGUCAGGAAGACGACCUCGCGUUGCAGGGCGAGGCCGACGCGGACGACAACGCCGAGGGCGAUCCAGCCGGGGAACAACGGGCUACAGAGGACGUCCAACCGGACGACCGCGUCUGGAUCUCCUGGAGCUCCAGGAAGCAGCUUUCGACCAGCAAAGGGGACAGCCCGGAUGACGACGACGGCGGAACGGUGACGGGUGAAGAGACCAGCGGUCACGGCAGUGCGUGUUCGGCCACUACGACGCCCGUCGGGGAGGAACCGGGCGACGGACGUGGACCCAAGUCGGGAGGAGACCCCUUUUCGGACGUGUUCAGCGACGCCUCGGAGUCGGACUCCAACAGCGAGAUGGAGGAAGAGGAGGACGCGGACGAGGCCUUCUUCUCCCGGGGCCUGGGCAACUUCCUUCGGGCCGUGGGCGAGAGGCGCCGGGAUCGUGGCCGGGCCCUGGCUGCCUGGAGUCUGGCGCCCAGGCACGCCGGGCCCGAACACCGCCUGCUCGCCUGCGCCACCUUCGCGAAGAACUACAGGAUUCCGGGCACCAAAGCAGUGUUCCUGUCUCUGCUGGCCGUCCGGCGGAAGUUCCGCAAACACGGCAUCGGGACCUUUCUCCUCAAGCAACUCAAGAGUCCCGCUGUGGUGGGACCCUACGACGCUCUGGUGGUCAAGUCAUCUCCGGGGACGGCCAGUUUCUUCCUCAAGAACGGCUUCACCGACGACAUCGUGCUUAACAGUAGGUUCCGGGAACUGGACGAGUCCAACCAGGCGGGAAACAUGUUCUGCUACCUCCCUCCUUUUGACGGUCACUACCCGUCUUUCCCCGGAACACCAGAGUGGAACCGUCCUGAAGCGUUGGCAGCAAUGGAAGAGGAAGUAGAACGUUGGAAACAGAAAAGCCUGGAAUCGUACCAGUGCCAAGUGACCUGCCUCACGAGACUGCAGCAUGAGAUAUUCCGGCUCCAUGCCCUGUUGAAGAAGCAAGAAAACACUGUACAGAACCUCAGGAAAGAAAACUGCAGACUACAAUCCAAACUGUCAAGAGCCGAGAAGAAAUCCACAAGAUCACUCAUCGAAAGCCUCGAAAAGGAGGCAGCAGACUUCGAAAGACUCUGCAGCCUCAAGCUUCCCGGCCUAGAAGACAGGCGUCAGAGAGCCUUUCCAUGAUUCGACCGCUGCGUGCCCGCCGAGAACGACCGCCCAUCGACAAGCAACACCAUCACAGCACUUCAAACCUGGUUCAUCAGUGCUAGUUGAGUAAGCAUAAUACCAAUCAGGAUGCGAUCAUGUUAAAAAAGACAAGGAUGUGAGAGAGGAGACAGGGUCUUAUGUACGAGUCAUGGCGAACAGAAGAAUUUCAAACAUACGUACCAUAACUCCUUGCAAGCUUGUUACAACUGUUUCUCUUUUGAGUGCAGAGGGCAAAGAACAUGAAUAAUAUAUGCAGUUAAGAUCGCUCCAUGCAAAAUGCUGUACGCGCAAAAGAGCAAUCAGCUACGUCGCUCGGGAAGUUUAUCAUGAUGCGGAGUGCGGCACCAAUAACACGAGCAAGCGAUCGGCGAUUCCUUUUUUUCGCUUGGAAUCAAGCUAUCGAAACUACUAGUCUGGCACUUGGUACUAAGUGCCCGCUUUGGGAACCAACCAUAAGUAAAAGGAAAAAGUGCCGAUGCCAUGUUCAUGCCGAUUGUACGGCAGAGCAUACCUUAACAAACAUAUAGGUAGUGUUAAAGUUUCCCAAACAGAAGGUAACUUGCACUGCCGUGAUUUCCAACACCAUCAACCGAUAUGGAUCUUUUCCUUGUCUUGAGUUGGAUAUGGCGACCCCAAUCGCAAUAAUGAACAAAGUAAUGUUCAGUGGAGUCAUAUCAUCUGUUUUUUGCUCAUAGCCUGUUUCGAUUGGUUCGAUUAUGCGGGUUGCCAUAGGGAGGACAUCAUAUAGAUUGUGUCGUGAAACUAGCAAUUCCAUAUUCAAGCAAUCAUCUCAUUGCAACCCCAGUUCGAGCCAAGGUGCGCACCCGAACGAGAUGAGCGAAUGUACUGGCAAGCUUUCCAUGUGCAAGAGAGCUUCCUUUUAGCAUAAAUAUGCUAGGGCUUCCCGAGCGGAGCGAGAUUUGUUUGUUUCCCCAAAAGGGUUCCGAUCAGCUCUUGCCGACUACAUUACGUAGGUUGUUACUUCUGGCGUGUUGAUGCAUUCCAAACACAGCUUCCCAGAAUAAGCACUGUUGUUGAUCAACCCCCGUUGCAUCCGUUUACUGUUGCUGUUAGUGCAUUACGCUAGUUGCCAUUCGAAGGCGAAAACAGGUUGUGUCCAAGAGUACUAAUUGUUCCGAGUGCUAGGUGACAUGCACAAACCCUAGAAAGGAUCUGGGCUUUCAGCACGGCAAGCCAUGCUGAAGAAAAAAGCACGAGCGUAUACUUGUUUCAGCAUCAUAUCAAAACAGACGUUACAAGGCGAACCACGCCAUUUCAACGUUUCGAUUUCAGAACACGAAGGGAUCGUCCUUUUCCAUGCCACGCUACAUAUCUUUCACGGUUCAGCAUCUCACUGCGGCUUUUUGUUUAAUUCAGGCAAACGAAUCGAGAGUACAGAAUCAAAACUUGGAUAAGAAUGCGACAGACUAAAGUAGACCGACACUUACAGAGAGGGGUUGUCAAUGCAUGAAGGCGAAUGGAGACACGUGAUGAACGUUGAAGACGGUUUUCUCGCAGCUUGAUGUGUACUUGUCGAAUUCUAGUUUAAUAAAAUUUCUGGUGAA